AUGUCGAGCCGGACGCGCCCGCCUUGGUUGAAGAAGCUGGAGCGGAUCAUUGGACGGCUCCUCCGCUCGGGAAGUCUCACCCCUGAGGCCGCGAGCCUACUCUGCGACGAGGUGCUCCCAUCGAUCCAAAGGCGUUCCCCACAGCCGGUCGUUUCCGCAGCGGCGGACGUGUGGAGGGCCGACCGCCGCCCUUCCUGGGAGCUGGAGCGCUUUAUCGGAGAGUGUUUCCGCUCGGGGGACCUCGGCCCCGAGGACGCACUCGAUCUGUUCGACGAAUUGCUUCACCGAGCGAGGCCCGGCUCCAUUUACGCCCUCAACCAGCUGCUCACCACCGUCGCUCGCGCCCCGGUCUCCUCCACCGUGCGCGAAGGCCCUGCACUCGCCGUGUCCCUGUUCAACCGCAUGGUCAAGAAGACGGGGCUGAGGGCAGAUGCCGUCAUCUUCACGCCCCUGCUCAGGACCCUCUGUGCUGAGAAGAGGACGAGUGAUGCGGUGAAUAUUGUGGUCAGGCGGAUGCCUGAGCUCGGCUGCACCCCCGAUGUCUUCUCCUACACCACACUUCUCAAAGGGCUAUGUGAUGAGAAGAAAUGUGAAGAGGCUGUCGAACUUAUCCACAUGAUGGCUGAGGAUGGCAACUGCCCACCUAAUGCAGUGUCCUAUACCACUGUUAAAGCAAUGGACAAGGCCGAGGAGGUCCGCCGGCAGAUGUUUGACAAACAUAUUAUGCCUGAUUGCGCUACAUAUAACAGUCUGAUCCACGGAUACCUCUCCCUUGGACAGUGGAAAGAGGCAGUCAGAAUUCUCAAAGAAAUGUCCGGAGAUGGGCAACGGCCAGAUGUUGUUACUUACAAUAUGCUGAUAGACUGUCUUUGUAAAUCUGGAUUGUGCACAGAAGCUAGAGAGAUCUUUAAUUCUAUGAUUCAGAGCGGUGAAAAACCCAAUGUUUCCACCUAUAGAAGUCUGCUUCAUGGGUAUGCUACCGAAGGCAAUCUUGUUGAAAUGAACAAUGUCAAAGAUUUGAUGCAGCUCGGAUUGAUGCCAGACAUAGUCACCUACAACACAGUGAUAGAUGGGCUUUGCAAGAUAGGCCGGCUGGACGAUGCAAUGUCCCAAUUUUCUCAGAUGAUUCAUGAUGGAUUGUCUGCCGAUAUCAUAACAUUUAGAAUCCUAAUUCAUGGUUUUUCUAUGUACGGCAAAUGGGAGAAGGCUGAGGAACUAUUUUAUGAGAUGAUGGAUAGAGGCAUUCCUCCUGAUGUCAAUGUGUUCAAUGCAAUGAUAGACAAGCUAUUCAAAGAAGGAAAGGUUACAGAGGCCCGAAAACUCUUUGAUUUGAUGCCACGUGCAGGUGUAAAACCUAAUGUUGUUUCCUAUAAUGCAAUGAUUCAUGGGUAUUUCUUAGCUGGUGAAGUGGACGAAGUGAUGAAGCUCCUAGAUGAUAUGCUCUUGAUUGGCUUGAAACCCACUGCUGUUACCUUUAGUACUUUACUUGAUGGCAUGGUCUCUAUGGGAUUGAAACCUGAUGUUGUUACCUGUAAGACUUUGAUUGAUAGCUGCUGUGAAGACGGUAGGAUAGAGGAUGUAUUAACUGUGUUCAGAGAAAUGUUGAGCAAGGCAGAUAAGAGUGAUACUAUAACGGAAAAUAUAAUUUCUGGAGAUGAAAGGGUUGUGCACAUCUACUCGUCCGAGACCGGGGAAUGGAGCAACAGAUCGAGCGAAUGGAAGCAGUUUGCAAAGGAAGGCGAACGGGACAAUCGAUAUCGAGUCACGGUAAAAUCCCGGUUGGGCAGUUGCUUUCUGAAUGGCAUGCUGCAUUUCUUGGUCCAACGCAGCAGGCCAAAUAUACAUGAUGUGCUCAUAGUUGCUGUGGAUGGGGAAGGGAGCAUAUGUAGGGUCAUACACUGGAAGCUGGACAUGUUCACCAAAGCUGUUUUUAUUGGUCAGUCCCAAGGGCGCCUGCAUUGCAUUAGUGAUUAUUUUAUAGAUAAAGAUAAAGACUGGAGGGACAGAAUGAUAAUGCACGUUCAUGUUCUUCAGGAUUAUGAUGCUGAAAAGUGGAUAAAGAAGUUCGGCAUUUGGGGCGGUGAGCUGUCUGGAAGAGAGGAAUGCAGAAUAAAGGACUAUGAAGUGGUUGCCAUUCAUCCGGACGGGAAUUUCGUCUACUUUGUUGACCACAGGAAAGGGGAACUCAUACAGCACCACAUGAGUAGACAGUACGAAAAGGUUUUGCGCCUCUGCACUCUCGGGCACAACUACAGAGCCGUAACUCCAUACGUCCCCUGUUUCUCCAGGUCAUCAGCACUGGAGACAGACGAGGCUCCAGAAAACCCUGUGUGA